UUAGUUUAGUAACUAACCUAUUCGUCGCAAUUGUCAUGUACAUAUAGGAACAUUAUAUUUAUAGAUGUAAACACGAAGGAAAACUAGGUUUUUUUAAAACUUAUUCUGCAGUUGUUCAUUGUUAUUGUGUAACCAUGAAUGUACGAAUAUUUAAAAAAAUUCAAUUGGAUUUUAAAUGUAAUAGCAGUAUUUUUGUAAAACAUCCUCGUUCUAUUCAUUAUAUUUCCAAUGCUUCUCCCCUAAAUGUGUAUAAGAAUCAUUUUUUAAAUAGUAAAGUAUUAAUGGGAUAUUUUUCAAAUAAGAGGAACUUUUCAAAUACACAAAAUGCUGUUUUGCAUCAGCAACUCCAUCCAAAAGUAUUUCAAAGAUCGUUACUAUGUAACAAGGAUGUAGUACUAAUUUCAAAAAUUCCUAGCAAUUGUUAUCCUACUGCUAUAAAUAGUAUUAGACAAUAUUCAAAUUCAGGACCCGCAGUUGUAAAUGAAGCUAUUAAAUACAAUGGUGGCAUUUUCCAAAUGAUAUCUGAAAGUAUAUGCGUAGAAUGGGUCACCGAAGCUUUUAGAUACAUGCAUUAUCAAACAGGUUUACCAUGGUGGGCAAGUAUCAUACUUACCACUAUUAUUACAAGAACAUUUAUAAAUCUACCAUUAAAUAUACUCGAUCUUCACAAUAGGGCAAAACAGGAAAACUUGAAAGAUGAAAUGAUGGAUAUUGCAGAGAAAGUAAGAAGGAAAGUGGAUAAGGAAGUAGUAUCGUCCCAAUUGAGUCCAGUACGUGCGAUUGCUUUAUAUACACGCGAGAUUUCUAAGGAACAAAAAAGAUUAUAUAUAAGAGACAAUUGUCAUCCAUUUAAAAGCGUUGCAAUGGUAUUAUUGCAAGCACCGAUAUGGAUAAGUUUCUCAGUUGCAGUAAGGAAUAUGUGUUAUGUAUUGCCUCAAAUAAGUCCUGCCACCGUAAAGGAUUUCCAAGAAUUGACUACUGGUGGUUUCGGAUGGAUACAAAAUCUUGUAGACAUAGAUCACUUUUUUAUAUUGCCUAUACUUUUUGGAUUUUCUCACUUAGUUACAAUGGAAGUAAAUUACGUAUUAUUUAAAAUAAAGGAUUCAAGAUUUAACAGAAUAUACAAGAAUUUCUGUAGAGUACUCAUUGUUUGUUUCGUGCCUAUCAUGGCAUGCUUACCAUCGUGUUUAUCCUUGUUUUGGAUUACCAAUAAUUGCUAUGGACUGUUACAAAAUGUAGUACUCCUAUCUCCAAAAGUCCGUAAGCUACUCAGAAUACCUAAAACUGAUUCUGACCUUCGGCAUCCAUAUCAAGAAUUACAUAAACGGUUAUUAGACAAAUUUUCUUUAACGCGAUCCGUAGCAAAAGCAUAGAAACAAGAUGAAAUAUUUUUCUCCUAUGUUGAAUGUAAUAUCAUUUAGUACGAAGUCAAAUAAAGAAGAAUAAUUAUCAA